UUUUUUGUCUUCGAACCAGAAGCUAUCGUUUCAUUGCCAUCGACGAGCUCGGAAACUUCGAAAUCUCGGUAUUGCAGAAGAAAACUGUGGGAGAGAGAAAUCCUCAGUAAGAAAAUGCCGAUCAUGGAGAGGCUGAGGAUGUUCGUGGCGCAGGAGCCUGUUAUUGCUGCUUCCUGCCUCAUCGGCGGUGUCGGCAUCUUCCUGCCCGCUGUUGUGAGGCCUAUUCUAGAUUCGCUCGAGUCAUCAAAGCAAGUUCAACCGCCUCCAUUGACAGACGUUGUUGCGGGUGUCACCGGUAAGAAACAAGGUUGAUUGAGGCAAUGAUCUUCCCUUUUUACUUUUGACUACCCAUCUGCCUCUUGUUGAAUUCUCUCUCGGAAUGAAAUAAGCCAGACUUCUAUUUUUUGUUACUGAAUGCUCUCUGAAAGCGCCUUGGUAUCAAUCAAACUUACAUUAAAGGGCAUGACACUUCACAAAUUCCCUUUGUUGUUCUUGA